AUGGGUGUCUAAUAAAGUUGGUGUAGGUGUAACAGGCAAAAGCAAGAGCCAUAUGUCCAGAAUUCAAAGGAGAAAACAAUCACGGUUGUUAUGUUUACAAAGAAAAUUAAACAGAAGCUGUUCAAAUUUCAGAGAUUUAGAAAAGAUAGAAACAGAUAAUUUGGUUGUUGUUCCUAUUCAUGCCCGUAAGGACUUGAUAAAUGACUGUUGUGAUCUCAUUAAUUCAGAAUGGCCAAGGAGUAAAACUGCCAGUUGUGAUAGAUAAAAGAUGCCGCGGCAAAGGACUGGGGAAAUUACUAAUGAUGAAAACUGAAAGCUACGUAAUGACGUGCGGGAAAUCAACGAUCUACCUCUCGACGAAAGGGCAGGAGAUAUUUUACACGAAGCUAGGAUACGCCGUGUGCGAGCCGGUCACCAUCUACGGCACUUUCCAAAGGUCCUCGGACGACGAGCAAAGCAGAUGCACCAGUCCUACCUCCGGCGUCGAGGCCGCGCCGGUCAUCACCGUCCAGUUCAAAAAACCGCCCGUUCCGCCCCCGCCGCCACCCUCGCGCAACUUCGGCAACAGGGGGGCCGAUAAGACGUUUAUGAAGAAAGUUCUCACGCCCUCGGAAACCACGUGAAACAUGUUCCUGUGGGUCUUGUUCCGGGUCGUUUCUUAAACAUCUUUUUCGAGGGUCGAUAAAAAAAUCGUCACCGAACAUGUCGAGGGUCAAUGCUGCCGUGCUAAGGAAGAACGCCGUAUGAACAUUCGAGAGUUGCCAAAUUUCCUUUGAUAA